AACGCCAUUUUUCAGACUAGGGCUUAUGCGUGGUGGUGGAGCAGCCUGUCCCCAGCAGAAGGCCACGUUCCAGAGCCUGGAACGUCCUCCAAAUCCUUGGAUUUGGAGUAGCAGGAGUAGCACACCUGGGAAAGAAGUCCCUUCUUCAUCCUUUCAGGAUACCAGGCCUGAACAUCACAGACAACAGAAGGUCAAGAGAUCUCUGGGAAACAAAAAAUCUAAGCAAUUUGAGGAGCUGGAAACUACUGUCCUAGGACUGAACAGUAACUAUGAUGAGACAGUCAGCAACGUUUCUUCUGCCUCAUCCAAGAGUCGAGUGAACGGGAGUGCAGAGUCAAGAAGCAAGAGGACAAUUCGCAGGCCUGCUUACUGGUUGGAAAUGAGAGGAAUAAAAACCAGCAUUAACAAAACUUCAGGAAAAAAAGGAGAAGUACUAUUGAAAGGCAAGAGGAAAUCUGAGCAAGGGGAAGAUGAAGAUCUUAAAGACUCCCCCAAGAAGAAGCAAAAGAUUUCUGCAGGAAAAAAACAGCAAGCUGGAGCACAGCAAAACUCCAGAACAAAAGGUCACUGUGUUCAGAAAGAACCACAAACCUAUGGCACAGGUAGUAUGGAAGAACAAUGGUCUUUGGAAAUUCGGGACAAAGGCCGAGUUACCUGUCCAACGUGCAGGGCUGUGGUGAGAAAGACUGUAGAAGGACUGAAGAAGCAUAUGGCAAACUGCAGGCAGGAAAUGUUCACUUGUCAUCACUGUGGGAAGCAGCUGAAGUCUUUGGGAGGGAUGAAAUACCAUGUCAUGGCAGACCAUAAUAAUCAGCCAGUUGUGAAGGAGGGAGGAGAACUAGAUGAGCAGCGUGAGCGAGACCGCCUUCGGAAGGUUUUGAAGCGUAUGGGAAAACUAAAGUGUACAAGGGAGGGCUGCACAGGCAGCUUCACCAGCAUAAUGGGAUACCUAUACCAUACUAAAAAGUGUGGGAAAGCUGCUUCUGAGUUGGAGAAAAUGACUAUGAAAUGCCAUCACUGUGGAAAAGCAUACAAAUCAAAGGCAGGACUUGUCUACCAUCUCCGAUCUAAGCAUGGGCCGGUUGCUUUCUUCCAUGAAGAGAGAAGAACAGAGAGCUUGAAGGAAAUAAAACGGGAGCCAAAUAACACAGGCAGAGUUCAGAGGAGAUCUGCAAAGGUGGCAAUCUACUAUCUCCAUGAGUUAGCUGGAGAAGAGCUGGCCAAAGAAUGGCCCAAGAGGAAAGUGCUGCAGGACUUGAUUCCAGAUGAUCGAAAGCUGAAAUAUACUCGUCCUGGACUGCCUACAUUUAGUCAAGACGUGCUGUGCAAAUGGAAAACAGAGAUAAAGAUGUACCGAAGAGUCCACUGCCCAAACCAGGGUUGUGAAUCUGUAUAUGGCAGUGUCUCAGGACUCAAAUCUCACCUCGGCACGUGCACCUUGGGAGACUUUGUGGCUGGUAAAUACAAGUGUCUCCUGUGUGAAAAGGAAUUUGUUUCAGAGAGCGGGGUCAAGUAUCACAUCAACUCCGUGCAUGCUGAGGACUGGUUUGAUGUGAACACAACUACCACCAAAAGCUUUGAGAAGCUAAUGAAAAUCCGCCAAAGAGAAGAAGAGCAGAGGAAGCAGCGGAAGAAGCGUCCUUUGGCUCGGGGUAGAAAGAAGAGACCUGGGUCCCUGUCUGCCAAGAAACUCCCCAGUGUUGGAGUUGAAAGAACGAGGAGGAGUAAGAGGAGUCGCCCACAGCGGGUGGACAACGAGAGUGAGAGUAGCGAAGAGGGAGAGCCUCAAGUUGCGCAAAGAGCAGAAUUUCCAAAAACCUGCCGCAAACGAAGCCGGAAGUAAAUCUCUGGAGGAAGAGAGGGAGUAAUCCCAAAGCUUUUCAGUUACAAGCCCCACCUCUGUCAGGCUCACAACCCACAGUGCUAACAUAAGCAACUGAAUGUCUUUGGGACUGCGAUUCCACUCAUAACUUCUGUGACCUUGAUUUUGGAACUGUUGCGUCUGAUUGGUUGUGAGAGACUGCAAACCAAAGCUGUGGUGCACAGACUGCAUCUCCUGGUGCAUUUCCCUUGGACAGUGGCACUAGCAGUGUAUGUACCCGGUGUAGCUCAUGCCCUAGUUACAGUCUCAGUUUGGGUCACACUAGUUGCUUGUUUAGUGAUUUCCAGUGUAGCAGCUGUCUGUGUUUUGUCAUCUUACUUUGGUGGGUGAGAGCAGGGUUCUUUAUUGUGGCAGUUCUCUGUAUAAGAGGCUGACUAGCACUGUGUUUAGGUCUCUUUGAGGGAGGAAUCCUCUUUCUUGCACAAUAUACACACAAACUGAGCAGCACUGUGCAGCAUGCAAAGGCUUUAGCUUGCCCUGUAACUCAGUCCUGUCUGUUGUUGGCAAGGCUGCCAUAGAAGAGUGUAUACCUUCUUGGCAUGCGCUCCAGUGUGUUGCACAAGACACUGCCUGUACUUCGUACGUGGGUGUCCAGGCUCAGCACCAGCCGGUAGGAUAUGAUCUCUGGUCUGCUUGAGAGUGAUGGGACAGCUUUGUCACCCAUGUCAGAAACCUGAUGUUCUCCCUGGCAUCUGUCUCUGUAGCACUGGGCAUUGAAUACUUGUAGAGGAUCUUCCAGUCCCAUGGGGAAUAAGGACACAGAAUCACAGAAUCGUUUAGGUUGGAAGGGACCUCUGGAGAUCAUCUAGUCCAACCUCCCUGCUCAAGCAGGG